CCAUGCACUCGGUCCCUAAUCACACAAGUAAAUAGGAUAAGCCUGCUUCGUUGCAUGAUAGAAUCCAACUUUCUGACGUUUCCUUGGUAUUCACGUAGAAAUGCUUCAACCUACUGAAAUGUGUCCCGGUUAGGAUUUGAGAAAUUCAAUACACUAGAGCCGAAAACAGAAUCACUCUGAGUCCGGCACCGGCCAAGAGCAGACUUCGAGGAGAAUUGUGACCAGAAAGGCGAGUACAGAGCUAUGGGGACGUUGUUGCGGCAGUUGCAAUCCAGGGUGGCCACGGUAACGGAAGUGGUGACCAAGUACAACAAACAAAUGUUGGAAAAAAACAAGCAUUACAUUGCCGACAAUCCCACCCCUGAGAAAUGUCAGGAACUGUCCAAGAAACUGUUCUUUACGCAGCUGGCUAGCUUCCCUGUUCGCUACCAAGCGAUGUUAAAAGAAAUCGACCAUCUGAAGGUUAAGCUCACUCACCGGAACGAUCUCGAACUGGAAGAUGUGGGCAUAAGCGUCCUCUUCGCGUUGGAAUGCUAUGGGUGGUUUUGCGUGGGCGAAAUCAUUGGGCGUGGGGGCACCAUUGUGGGUUACAAAGUGUGAUCCAAGUUCAGUAACAAAGUUCACCGAGCUUCCCCUCUCCACUGUCACUGUCGAUUCUCACUCUGUUGCAGAGGUACCCAAAACUUAGGGUUGAUCUAAAACUUUCUCUCUAAUGGACUCUUACCCAUGUUGCAACAUCAAAAGACAUGGAACCAUAAGAGUAUGUCAACUGUUAUAUAUUGGUGGACUUACAAAGGAAGCUUACUGGUGAUGAUGUCCAACGUCGUGUGAGAACUGCACUGAGACAGAGCCUGCCUUCUAGAAGGUGAUGCUGCUGUUAGUAAUAAUGGACGUCUCACUCUCGGUUUACAAGCCAGCCAGAGGUACAGGUAAGUGAAAAACAACUCUGUCUGUAAGUUGUGAAUGUGCUCCUCCAAUGUUGACUCACACUUGCAGGCAAUCUCUACAACGGUUAUGUGAUGUUGUUAUGCUGCUGUAGAUCCAGAAUACUUCUUCACAACCUCUCAUUCCAGCCCUUCCUCAAAUCUCCCACCUGCAACAGAUCAAAUCAGGGAUGUGUUUCAGAUUAUGUCAAAUCAAAUCUAGUCUACAAGUCAGUUCGUGGAUUAGAAUAAGUAACUAUUCGCUUCAAGGAACACUGUAUUUACUUGAGCAGUGUGGAUUACCCAGCUUGGCAGAUUGACACGCUCCUUGGAGAGUUAAGAUUGCGUCCAUUGCUCCGGUUUCAAUACGCCAACAUAGUGGUGCCAUGACUGGACAUUAGGGGUUUUAUUUGUGCUUUGGCCCACUUGUGCAAUCUCUUUAUUGAUCACCUAAUUUUAACAAGAGGUUUCAAGUAAGGUA